CCCUAAGUCUAGAAUUCCCCUCUGCCCCUCUUUCCUUUCAGGCUGAUGGCGGGCAGUGAAGUGGCCCAUUCCACCCCAGUUCAGAGAGAGGAGCAGAAAAGGCCAGGGACCCAGAGUAUAAGGGACUUGCCUUCUCCUCCCAAGUCCCUCAGACCUCCCUCUCCCUGUCUUUCCUUCCUUCUGUCUGCCCCUCUGUCUCAGUUUUUGUCACACCCCCUCCCCACACAAAUACACACAGCCACUGAGAUAUGCAUCCUGUCCUAGGGUAGGCAUCGCCCUCCCCUAGCUCCACCCUCCCUCCUCUGCUCUUUAAUCAGCUGGAUCUUCUGGAACACAGACGUCAGCUGUGCUCUGUGCUGGGAGGAGCUGACACAAGGCCGCAGCCCCCGAACCCUGAGAAACCAUGAGCUACUCCAAGUUACCCUCAGAAAAAAUUGAGAAGCUGAGGACCAGUAUGCACCAUCAUCUAGAUACUUUCUUUGAUCAUUUGGAAAACAACAGAGAAGACCAGGUGGGUCUGUCUCCCCACUCCUGUGCUCUGCAUCAUGUCCAGUCAGCACUAACUGAGAUGGAGAACCUAGUCAGUGAGGAUUUGCUUGAUGUCGUGGAUGCUCACCUUCAGAGCAACAACCAGGAAUCUAUUCCUUCAGUUUCCAAAGAGCAGCUGGAACUACGUAGUCGAAUCCAUUGCAGAGACCAGAGCCCCUCUGGCCCUGACAAGGAAAGAGAAGGUGCUGGGGCCAAACAGCCUGAGGAGAGCUUCUUCGCCUGGGCAUGCAGGAAGUUCCAAAAGAUGCUGGAGCAAGUGAAGCAGAUAUUACAGAAUUUGCUGCCCUCGAUACAGUGGUUGACUAACUUGUUCAAGUCAGUGGAGGGCCUCUUGAAAGUGAUUAAGAGAUUGUUCCAGAUGGCACAGUCUUCCUGAGUAGCUUCCGGGUCUCAGGGCACCAUAGGGUUUAGGAGGAUCGCGGCCACACCUAGUAGCCCUCUGAUUCCCCCUUUCGUGGAAAGAACCUCCUGAAGUAACCUUUGCCCUCCUGCUCACCCUCGACCUGUCCUUGACAACCUCCCUCCUCACCUGCUCCCUUGCACAGCCUCUCCACCCUGCCUGCCUGGGUUGCCUUCUCCAAAUGUGACCUGUUGCUCUCACUAUGGCAUUUGAAUAAAAGUUGGUCUCACCAAA